AUGAGAUUUAGUGAUAAAAUAUUAAACCGAAUAGCAGAAUCAUAUCCUAAUCUGAAGUACUUCAACUUGGAAAGGUAUGAUGGUAAUAGAUUAAUAACUGAUAAAGGUCUAUAUGCAAUUGCAAAUUCAUGCUAUAAAUUAGAAUAUCUGAAUAUUUCUAGUUGCAAAGAAUUUUCUGAAAUAGCGAUUUGGAAUGUUAUUCAUUCUUAUCUGAGGAUUCAAGAUAUAGGAUUUAGUAAUAGAGCAUUAGAACUGAUAGUGGGUUCAUACCCGAAUCUGAAGUAUCUCAAUUUGUGCAAUGAUCAGUCAGAUAGCUUUAGAAGCUUUCGUGCUCAAGGAGAGGAUGAUGAAGAAAUUGCUAGAUCAUGUCUUAAUUUAAAAUAUCUUAAUCUGGAAGGGUGUGAUAAUAUUAGUAAAGAAGCUGUAGAUCAGCUAAAUCCAAAUACUCAUGUCAAGAAUUUCCAGGAUCCGAAUGAUAUUUGA